AUGAGCGCCGAUCUCUUAGACCUCGACAGCUUCUACCAGAGCCCUCCGUCGCAACAGCAGCGAACGGGGGGCCAGCAGGGCCAGCCGCAGCAAAAGCAGCAGCAACGCCCGCAGCAAUUCACGGCAUCGUCAACGGACCUCUUUGACUUUGCCUCCUUCGCCAGCAACAGGCCAGCAGCCGCGGCGACGCCGGUUCAACAGACCCAGCCAUGGCCCAAUUUUGAGACGCAGCAACCAAGCGGUGCUAGCGGUGGCAGCAACGGAGGAUGGGGUGACUUCGGCUCAUUCUCGUCGGGCUUCACGCCUUCAUCAACCUCGCAGCAGCAGCCGAGGCAGACGCAACAAGCUGCCGACGACGAUGACGGAUGGGGCGACUUCGAGGUUGCGGAGCCUACACCGACUCAGCGCUCAUUCGUGUUGCCCCCGCAGACGAACAAAGCGAGGGCGUCGCCGCCACCGCGGAACCGCAUCGCGCGCGCCUCGACGUUCGAUCUCAUGACGAACAACCUCAUCAACGUUGUCGACAUGCCUCGUGGCUCGGGCCUUUCGUCGAUCCCGAGUCCGGGGCUCCCCUCGCCGAACCAGCAACCCGCCCCUAGCCCGGGACUCUCAUGGCAGCAGUCGAACCGACAGCCCAGCCCUGGGCUUACAUGGCAAACAGCGAGCUCCAAGCCGCCGGUCAGCCCGGGGCUUUCGUUUCAGGCAUCAUCUGCGAAGCCGCAGCCAAGUCCUGGGUUUGCUAGUCAGAUGUAUGGGUCGCAAAAGAAGCCAGGCCCCAAGCCGGCUAAGCAGUCUGACUCGAAUGUCUUAUUUGACGCGGAAGAUUUCGAGCUUCAGGGCGGAAACGACGAUGAGGAAGAAGAUGAUGAGUUUGGCGAUUUUGAGACUGUACAGACUCCGUUUCCCGGCGCAAACAUGAGUCCGACGCUGGAUUCAAGACCAGCCCAACGGCAACCACCACAGGCAUCACAGCCCCCGCCAUCUAUGGACUUGCUUUCCCUCGACGACGAUCCUAUCCCGGUUUCCCAGCCUCCAUCGAAGAAGCCGCAGCUUUCUUCAUUAAACCUCACCGCGCCUACCUCACCAUAUCCCCAGGCACCCAAGUCGCCGUCCUUCCAUGAGCGCAACCCCUUUCCGGGCCUGGGUCUCAGGACGCCGACUUCUGGAAAUUUCCAGGAUGAGGAGAAGAAGAAGGACGACCAAACCAACUCCCCCUCACCCGUCACGGCGUGGCCCUCUUUCGGCCAGACAUCACCCAAGAAGCCAUCCACCGGUGCGACGAAGAAGUCCUCUACUGCCACCAACCUCCAGAAGACGCAAGAGGAAGAAGCCUGGCCAGAUUUUGAAGACUUCCCCGACGAUGAGCCCUCUGCCGUUGACUCCGCCAAACCCCCGGAGAGCUGGGAUUGGGACGCAGUGGACGGCGUCCAGCCCGCAGCCCCGUCCCCGGUCGUCGCCAAAAAACCCGCCCCGAAACCCAAAACAGAGCCGGAGCCAGCCCCCGACGCCCGCGACGACGCCCCGCCGCCCAUCAACAUCCCCCCUCCUUCCGUCCUUCUAUCUAUCUUCCCGCAACUCCUCGACCUCGCAAACUCAUCUCUCUUCAAGCCCACGGGCCAGAUGCCGGCGCCCAUCAAGAAACGUGUUCUGUCGGACCCGGGCACCGUGACGUUCCUCCGCGCAUACCUUCUCCUCGCCAUCGUCGCCGCCCGCGUCAUCGCCGGUCGCAAGCUCCGCUGGCACCGCGACAAGUUCCUCGCCCAGGGCAUGGCCAUCUCGGCCGCCGGAGCCAAGGGCAUGAAGCUCGCGGGCGUCGACAAGGCGCAGGCGGCGCGCGAGGAUCGCGAGGCGGCCGACGUCGUGGGCGUGUGGAGGGAGCACGUCGGCCGGCUGCGGUCCGCCGUCGCGGCGGCGAACUCGACGGUCAAGUCGCCGCGCGACCAGCUCCGCGUGCCCGAGAUCAACGAGACCAUCCCCGUAUCGACGGCCAAGGUUGUGCCGACGGCGCCCAAGCCGUGCGUCAUCUGCGGCCUGAAGCGCGAGGAGCGGGUGAGCAAGGUCGACUUCGACGUCGAAGACAGCUUUGGGGAGUGGUGGGUUGAGCACUGGGGUCAUCGGGCCUGCAAGAACUUUUGGGUGGAGCACGAGAAGCAGCUGCGGCAGAGGUGA